AUGAGCUGGCAAGAUUAUGUCGAUAAACAGUUAUUGGCAUCCAGAUGUGUUACAAAAGCUGCGAUUGCCGGUCACGAUGGAAAUGUCUGGGCCAAGUCGGAAGGCUUCGAUAUAUCGAAAGAUGAAGUCGGAAAGAUAGUAGCUGGUUUCGAGAAUGAAUCACUACUGACGGGCGGCGGAGUGACGAUAGCAGGCACGCGGUACAUCUACCUCAGUGGCACAGACCGUAUUAUACGCGCAAAACUAGGCAAGGUCGGCGUACAUUGCAUGAAAACGCAGCAAGCCGUUGUAAUUUCUCUCUAUGAAGAUCCCAUCCAACCCCAGCAAGCCGCAUCCGUAGUGGAGAAAUUAGGAGACUAUUUAAUUACCUGUGGUUAUUAG